CGUUGGCUGCUGACGAAGGUUUUUUGCGGUGAAGCUCCUCAUCGUCGACGUGAGUUGUGAGGAUUUUCGGUGAGCGUUUGCGGGAAUUGGAGCAGGGGAGCGGUGAGGGUUUAGGGUUUUCCAUGAGGCAUAAACUUUGGCAAUGGCUAAUGAGCCGGGUUUCCAUGGAGCGUCGCUUGGAUUUAGGGAAGAAGAGCUUGGAUUUAGGAGUUUGUAACCGAGGUGCGGCGGAAGGGACUGGAAGAGGAGGGUUUGUGAGUGCGGUGCGGGUGGAUUACGGCGCUGAUGGAUUGCGGACUGCGGAGAUGCACUGGAAUUUUAGGAGUAGUCGGUUUUAUGCCGUUCCCGUGGCGGCCGGUAGGAGUGACGGGAAUGGAGUGGGGAGUAGAGAGGGGAUCAAAGGGGAGCGAAAGAUUAAUCGUGCGAUAGUGGCGCGGAUGGUUCGGUUGGUGGGUGAUGGGAGCAACGAGAUUUUGAGCCGGUAUGAGGCGUUGAACCGGGCGCAGCAGGCGGGGUUGGAUCUUGUGGAGGUGGAUGGGAAGGCGGAUCCGCCGGUGUGCAAGUUGAUGGAUUUUAGCAAGGAGAGGUUCAAGGUGAAGAAGCAGGAGAAAGACCUUCGGAAGAAACAGCUAGAGAGGCGGAGGUUGGAUGACUUGAAGGAGGUGCGUUUCAGCAGCCGAACGGAACAGAAAGAUUUAGAUAUGAAGGCGGACGUAGUCACCAGGCUUCUUGUGCGCGGGCACCGCGUGAAGUUGGUAGUGCAAUUCCAUGGCAAUGACAAGGGGGAGGAGGUUGGUGUCAAGUUGCUGGAGCGGGCGAUGAACUUGUUACAGGCUGAAUUUAAAGUCGAGAACGGACCGCGGGUAGAAAAGAUGCGAGCGUGGGUUAUGAUUCGACCCAUUCAGGAGCAAAAGAACACCAAGAAUAAUAAAUCUUCGAAUACCAUGAGUAAAGAUGAGAAUUUAGAUGAUUAAACGGAUAGGAUUACAUCAAGAAGGCUGCGAAAGAAGAAGAUGAGGAGUAAGUUCUGAUGCGGAGUGUGCACGCCGAUGCUUAUGCACGCACAAGGGCUAGUGCUUCACGUGUUUACUGAUUUGAAGCAGAUCAUUGAUUGGAUGGUUUGCACGCUAAUCAUGUGAUUGAACUCGGAGGAGUCGGAGCCUGGUGACGUUAAAAACAUGCCCGUGCUCAUUACAUCGUUAGGAAUGAACGUGUGCACGACCCAUUAGUCGUGCAGCGUUGGUGUUUCAAUGCUUAGAAAUGCAUAAAUGAGGGUACUGAGCAAACCCUCUUCUUCUGGUUAUCUUCUAGCAGCAGAUCUUCGAGUUUACUUCGAUGUAGUACAACAAUUAAUUAUGCUUCAAAGUAGAGGCAUAGGCUUGCUGAGUACAAAUGUUUAGAAAGGCACUGGAGGGGCAGCUCUUCAUAGUUAGAUAUAAGCUUACACAUGGAUACGUCUGUGUAAAUCUGCCACACUCAUCGCAAUGCGCCCCCGCAUUUUUAACUCGUUUUUCGAGCAGAUUUCUCUAAUCAUAGCUCUGUGGAACAAGCCUUUAAGCGUGAACGAGAUCAUGGCAUGAUUUAUUAUAUAGAAAGCAGAGGAUGUUUAUUUCCAACUAGUAAAGUUCUGCAGCACAGUAUCCGAGUAAAUCGACACUAUUAUUCUUGGAGCUUCAGAACAUUCUUUGAAAUUGUUGUGUAUGUACACCACUAAACAGUUCUCCUCAACAGGCUGAGUAAUUCGUUUUUGAA